AUGGACGAAUUGAAGUCACUGAAAUACUUGUCACUGGGUCGAAAUCAAAUCGCGGACCUUGAAAAUGUGUUAUACCUGCGUCAGUUUCACAAUUUGAAGUCGCUAACCCUGGAAGGAAAUCCGCUAUUCCAGGAACCAAACUAUCACAUGUACAUUUACGCAUUACUCUCGGGAUUACAGUAUUUGGAUUACAAAAGAAUCCGGGAAGAUAUGCGCUCAGCCGCCUAUCAGAAGUAUCAAAUUACUGUAGAUCAACUGAACGAGGCACAACACGAAGAUGAAGAGGAAGAGGAGAGUUGGGAGAAACGAAAACAACAACAGUUACAACACGCAAACGCAUUUGUUGACGAACUAGAAGGGGACAAUUUGUAUCAUGCCAUUAUGAAAGCAGAUCCAGACGGUCAACGAUUCUUAUCUUUACCUCUUGUGGUCGAAGUGGUCGAUCAAUAUCCUUUUCUGUAA